GAGAGAGAGAGAGAGAGAGAGAGAGAGAGAGUGAGUGAGUUCAGCCUGACAAAACAACUCUACAAAGUAGCCUUCUUCCCACACCACACUCGGAAUCUUUCGCCUCUAUUUUACCUGGAAUGAAAUGCUUUUACGUGGAUGACUUGAAAGAUCAGGAGGACGUCCAGCCUGGUGACUCCAAACUGACCCGUGCUGCCCAGCUUGAGCUGCCCGGCUCAAGGGAGCAGCUUGCAGAGAGUUCACCGCCAUGUCUUAACGCCGCACGCUCCCCUCUGAAAACCCUGUCCCCCCUUCCCUCUCUCUCCCCUCCCUCCCCCUCCACCUCUUCCUCCCCUGCCCUCCCUAUUGAAGCUCCCCAGUCCUUUGGAAACCACAGUGCCUCCUCUGGAGUGAUGAGCCUGCAUCAUCAGCAGCAGGGGUCCGAGAGGGACCUCCCCUCGGCCGCUGCCUCCGCCAGCCUGCCCUCCGUACGAAAGACCCCUAAAAAGCGGCGCCUCUCGCUGCGCUCGCUCUUCCGCCGUCGAUGUGGGGACCCCAAAUCCCGCAAGUCACGCGCUCUAACCGCUGGAGUGGAUGGCAUCGCCAGUGUGGAGAGCGUGCAUUCCGAGAUGUGCCAGCAGCAGGAUCACGCCUCUGCGCUUUCUGAGCCUGGUGUGGCCUCCACCUCAUCUUCAUCCUCCUCAUCGUCAGCCUCCACCUCUGAGCUGCUGGAGUGCCCGCUGUGCCUGCUGCGCCACACUCGAGACCGGUUCCCGGACAUCAUGACAUGCCACCACCGGUCCUGCGCUGACUGCCUUCGACAGUACCUGCGUAUAGAGAUAUCUGAGAGCAGGGUCAACAUCAGCUGCCCGGAGUGCUCGGAGCGCUUCAACCCCCACGACAUCCGCAUGAUACUCAACGACCGUGUGCUCAUGGAGAAGUAUGAAGAGUUUAUGCUGCGCCGAUGGCUGGUGGCCGACCCUGACUGCCGCUGGUGCCCUGCUCCGGACUGUGGGUAUGCAGUCAUUGCCUUCGGUUGUGCCAGCUGUCCAAAGAUCACAUGUGGUCGUGAGGGCUGUGGAACUGAAUUCUGUUACCACUGUAAACAGCUGUGGCACCCCAACCAGACCUGUGACGCCGCCCGACAGCAGAGAGCCCAGAGUCUCAGACUGAGACCCUUCAGAUCAUCUUCACUCAGCUACAGCCAGGAGAGCGGAGCUGCAGCUGAUGAUAUAAAGCCAUGUCCCCGCUGUGCGGCCUACAUCAUUAAGAUGAACGAUGGGAGCUGUAAUCACAUGACCUGCGCUGUUUGUGGCUGUGAGUUCUGCUGGCUAUGCAUGAAGGAGAUCUCAGACCUGCACUACUUAAGUCCUUCAGGGUGCACGUUCUGGGGUAAAAAGCCAUGGAGUAGGAAGAAGAAGAUCCUGUGGCAGUUGGGCACACUCGUAGGUGCUCCAGUUGGCAUUGCACUGAUUGCUGGCAUCGCCAUACCUGCAAUGGUCAUCGGGAUUCCUGUUUAUGUGGGGAGAAAGAUUCAUAAUCGUUAUGAGGGUAAGGACAUCUCCAAGCACAAAAGGAACCUGGUGAUAGCAGGCGGCGUGACGCUGUCAGUGAUUGUGUCUCCAGUGGUUGCUGCUGUCACUGUCGGGAUUGGAGUGCCCAUCAUGUUGGCGUAUGUCUACGGCGUGGUGCCAAUCUCCCUGUGUCGCAGCGGUGGUUGCGGCGUGUCUGCUGGGAAUGGCAAAGGCGUGCGCAUUGAGUUUGAUGAUGAGAACGAAAUGAAUGUGGGCACCGGAGCAGCUGUGACUGACACCACUUCAGUAGCAGAGACCAGGCAUAACCCCAGCAUCGGCGAGGGCAGUGUUGGGGGUCUAAUGGGCAGCCUGAGUGCCAGCGGGAGCCACAUGGAUCGUAUCGGAGCUAUGAGAGACAACCUGAGUGAGAACGCCAGCACUAUGGCCCUCGCUGGGGCCAGCAUCACCGGCAGCCUGUCAGGAAGUGCCAUGGUCAACUGCUUCAACAGGUUAGAGGUUCAAGCUGAUGUACAGAAGGAGCGCUGCAGUCUCAGUGGGGAGUCUGGCACUGUCAGUCUGGGGACAAUCAGCGACAACGCUAGUACCAAAGCAAUGGCUGGAUCCAUUCUUAACGCCUACUUGCCUCUGGACAGAGAUGGGAACAGUAUGGAGGUGCAGGUGGAUGUGGAAUCGAAACGUGGGAAGCUUAGACACCACAGUGGUAGCAGCAGUAUGGAUGAUGGCAGCAGUGGGGGCCACGGUGCCAGCAUUUGUCCCUCCGGCUGCCCCCACGAGGGCAGGUGCGGCUCUUCUCGCUGGGUCUUGGAGCCCUCCUCCACCCCUUCCUCCUCUUCUGGCAAGAAGAGCAAAGGCAAAUUGCGAAAGAAGAGUGGAGGCACCAAGAUCAACGAGACUCGUGAAGACAUGGAUGCCCAGCUGCUGGAGCAGCGUAGUACCAACUCCAGCGAGUUAGACUCACCCUCUCUGAGCGGCAGCCUGCCCUCUGUGGCCGACUCGCACUCCAGCCACUUCUCUGAGGUCAGCUGCUCUGACCUGGACGCCUGCAGACCACCCUGCUAUGAGACUUAUGGUCGGCAUCCCAACAUGGGCGGAACGAUCAGCCCACUCCCCGAAGUUGAGUACGACCGGUUGGAAAACUGUCCAGCCUCUGCGAGUCUCCCCCAGGCUUCGGUUGCCCCUCUCACCACUGAUGGAGCAGCGGAGCGCCCCCUGUGCUACAUUGCAGAGGAGAACAUGAGUUUAAUCUGUGCGGCUGAUCUGGAUGCUGGCGCUAGUGCGAGCUCGAGCUCACCUAAAGGACACAAUAACAACUUUUCUCAGCCGACUAGCCCUGUGCGUAACGCUUGUAUUCAAACAGAGAUAUAACAAGACAGGUUUGAGUUAACCCAAAUGCUAGCUUUCAAAGCUAACCUCAUCCACUUUAUUACCAAGGAUUGCACACUGAAUUUUAAAUAAAAGCUUGUAUGAGUUUCAAGGAGGUUGUAUUUUCAGGUCGGCCAUUGUUUAAUCGAAUGUUGGAGAAGGAACGCCACUAUUUACACUGGUCAGGGGCAGGAUAUUCCGCAAGGGUUAAAAAAAGCUCUCUUCUGAUUGACAGGUUGUAUGAGGGCCUGUUAGCUUGGGCGUACAGUUGGACUAAAGCUCUGACAAGAUUCGGAAAGGCAACAGAUGAAUGUAAGGCGGCAAGUGAUGCACAGAUACUGAAGUUGACAUGAUGAUGAUGUAGCUGUCAAUCACAUAUGCCUCUAUUUCAGUGUUCAGGGUCGCGCUGAUCAACGACCUCAACAGUGAGGAAUGAAUCUCACGAAGAACAUGUUCAGGUCAUAUUUCACCCCAAAAUUAGUAACAAUAUUUUGGAUAAAGAAAAUGAAAUCUAUUUUUAGGACCAUUAGGAUUUGUUUGCAUUGUAACAUUAUUUGUAUGACUAAGCUGCCACAAUCUGUAAGUAACUUCUAAGUAAUUACUGGAAAAUUACUAAUUACCGAGGGGAAAAUGGUGCUUCCCCCUAAAUUCUCAUUACCGCAAUGCAUUUUUGUAUUUCCCAUUAUUUUCAAUGGUGAUUUUCAUGUAUUCUCAUUACUUGUGUACAGUAAUUUUUUAGUUACUGUAUAAUUUAGUUUAAUAAUUACUGUUAUACAGUAAUAUAGUAUAAUUACAGGAAAAAAUACUGUUAUUUUUUUCUUUAAUUUAAAUCAGCAUAAAUUUAAGGAAAUACAUCAAAAAAUAACGAAUAAGUUGUUUAAAUCUCUUUUUUUUUUUUUUCGCAUUGCACUAAUGAGAAUUCAGGUUUUCUUUGCAUUACGAUAGUGAUAAUUUGGGGGAUUUGAGAAUUUGUUACAUUAUAGUAUUGAAAAUUAAUUGUUUAGUUUUUUGCAUUGUAAUAAAACUAAAUAAUGGGGGGGGGGGGGGGGCUGAAAUAUGACCUGGGCAUGUUCUUCACAGGUUUUGUGAGAUUUACCCAUGUUUUCAGGCUCCUUUACUAGACAUAUACACACACAUACUCUCAGUUACCCAACAUAUAGCUUUAGUUGGAGAAAUCUGCAUCUUCUCAAAUGCAAGGGGGAUGUUGGGAGGGAUCCGAUGUUCGUAAAGACCAGCCCAUAAGGGACCAGGCAAUAGAUUUCCCUUCACCACAGUGAACCUUCUUGUAAAUGAUUGCGUUUUUAAUUUCUUGGGCUUCUUUUGAAAGUAAGAUUUCUCUCAUCUAGCAUCACUGCUUAUUUUAUGUUUUGUUGAAGCCCUGUGUUGAGGUGCUGGAUGAAGCUGUUUGGGCGCCUCCUGCUGGUAGCAUGAGGACUUGUCACCAGAUCCAAAAUAUUCCUAUGAGAUAAGUCACGGAGAAGGAAUGUUUAAAAAAAAAAAAAAAAAGCCAAGCCAAGUACACUGAUAUGGGUGUGAACUGUCUAAGGUGGACUUUGAUUCAUUUGUAUUUAUGAAACAGAGGGGUUUGCAUCCUCUUUAAACAGUGUAACCAUCAAUCAACUUUAAUUUCAAAGGCUAUGAUGGUAAUCACAUUCAGGUCAUUUGAACCACCUUAUGAUUAAGUGAUUUUCAUUUUUGUAUCUGCAUUUGACUCAUGGUGCCUUUUGGAUCAUAGAAAAAACAAGUUUGUUUCUCUGGUUUGUGUCUUAUAAAAUUCAAAUGUAUUUGGAUGAGGCUGAAUUGAAUGUUAGUGAGGCGGCGUGGCAUGUUUCCUCUUGUCCCUGUGCUACACACUUAACGGUUAGGGACUACACAACCAACCGCCUACCAAAGACAGCACUCGGGCUCACCGAUGAUGACUCCUCACCUUUGAACCCUGCAUACUUUAACCAGACUCGCAAUUUACAGACUCUGCCGCCUCGGAGCACCGAGUGUCUGACCCAUGUGUUUGCACUGUUCUAGUCCUGUUCAGGAGUUCAUUUCUGUUCGUCAUUCCCGCUGCCAUUCUGGGGCUGCUCUGUAAUCUCUAAAAACUGAUCUAAUGCAACAAGCUGCUUUUGUUAUUGUUUCUUUCAUUUCUUUCAUUUGUUUUUCUCAUGUUUUGAGCCUUCCUGCCCAUAUCUGUAUGAAUAUUAGUUCAGAGGCUGGGGCCGAUUGAUUUCGAACUUGUUCAGAACAGCUUAUGAUGUUUGUAUAUUUGCUUUAUAAUAUGCGUGUAAAUGUGUAUCUAAAUGAAAAUAAAAACAUUGAAUCCA